AUCAAACCUAAAAUUUUUAAAAAUAAACACAAGCAUUAAGACCGAAAAAAAUAAACACAAUCUAGAUGUAAACCUAUAGUUUGAAUUUAUUUCUAAGUUCAUGUGUGUUUCUAAUAAACCAAAUAUCCCAUUUUGCAUUGAGUUCAGUUAUAAAAAGACAAAAUAAAACAAUAAAUUAUUAACUUUUUAUUCAAAGUUACGUUAUUAUUGUGAACUGUUAAAAAAUUACAAAUUAGCCUCACGGCACUAUGGAACUUGAGCGCCCAUCUCGCUCUCUGAUUGGACGACAUACUGUCGCUUCUUAAGCAUGUGUGUCAACGCCAGCCAAUCAGCUCGCCUUUUAUUGGCCAGUGCACCGGUUCGCCGGUCGGGUUGGUCGGGUUACACUUGGGGGGGUAAGGAAAGCUUCUGGCAGAGGCAGCGUUCGGAGCUAUGAACCCCAGGGAUAAUGUCGAGACGGGAGAGACGGAAAACCAACCGGAGGCGUUCUGCGUGCCGAUUCCCAACGAAGAACCCAGCAAGAAGGAGCAGGAAAAGCUGUCGGGGCUCGUCAAAAACGUCCACAGGAAACUGCGUAGGAAAUACAGAGAAGGUAAGACGACAGCCUCUUGGUCCUGCAGCUUGGUGACUAAUGUCAGCCAAAACUAGUGAGUCCUGAGGUCCUAGCGCGUCUCCGUGGUUAAUGUUAAAGUUUCUGUGUAGCUUCUGCUAGCUGGUUGCUGCUGUUAGCUCCCCCGCCGACAUAAAAAAAGGAAAACAACAAGGCCUUUAAAGCACCGGAAGAUUACUGGGUAAAGACUUGCCGUUUGUUAAAUCUGUUUCAUUUUUAUUUUCCAGGUCCACCCAACACACACUUUAGUUCAGGAGGAACACAAAAACAAUAUUAUGUUGCCCAUGAAAGGUAACAGGAGACCAGGGCAGUUGUUUUUUUGUUUUUCUACCAAAUAAUCCAUCAGAGCUACAAAAAUCUGUCUCUGGCAUCUGAUCAUGCUCGUUCAUGUUAAACUGCACUGCUAGCUUUGGAUUUAUAAUUGAUAUUUGUUUAUUUAUUACCAUAAAUGUGAUUUAAAGUCUAGGCAAAUUUGGGUAAUUCAAAGUUUUGAGGAAAUGCAUAAUUUUAUGUGACUGGUCAAGUAGAAGAUCACGUUUUUUUUUUACUAAAAUCUGAAUCUUACAAAACAUUAUUUUUUUAAUGCUAUGAAAUAUAAAAUGGUGCGUUCACGGACCAGAGAUAUUAAGCAGGUUUUUGAGAUCUAGAUUGUCUGAUCGCAGGUGAAGCUAGUUAUGUUCAACACUAACUUAUAAAUCUUUUAUUAAAAUAGAUUUCUCUAUUGACCUGCAUUCAUUUUUUCUUUGUUCAGCCAAGUCUCUUCCCUUUCCGGUUGGCUCAUGGGUCCCCGGAAGAAUGAAAAACAACUAACCAAUGGGGCUAUAAAAGCUAUUUUCUAAUCCGCUUUGCCUUACUCCCUUAAUCGCACAUAUGUUGUCCUACAAUGUAAAAAAGGAAUUUUGUGUUUUUCAACUGUCUGUCACGUACUUCGAGAUUUGUUUGUAAAAAUCUGUUAAAUUUCAUAGUUAAAAAGACUCCUUAGAAUGUCUUCUCAUCCAGCGUAGCAGCUCCUGACCACAUGACCAGACUUAAGGUGGGUUUCUCCAUGUUUAAUGCUCCUUCUGUCAUCCUGGAACAAGGAUUCGAAGCUUGCUAAACUCACUCCCCUUUUUUCUUCUCCUGUUCUCCCAGUUUGUUUUGAUGACGUCAGUUUGGUGAGAACAUUUGCAGUCCGUUACUUCUUUUCACACAACACCUAAAAUAACUGGCCGCCUGUCGAAAAUAAUCAAAAUGUCUUUAAAAGUCACGGACAUCAAACGGGAUCAGAAAGUAACUUUUAUCCCUCAUAGACUCCCAUUCAUUUUUCUUUUUUGGCAGGUGGGGGCCCAUGGUCUGGAAGUAGAUGGCUUAGGCGUGAGCUACCACUUCCUUCCACUGGACGUGAAAGCGGCACGUAACAUAAUAGUAUUAUUUUUCCCACAAGCUCAUUCCCGACCGGGAGCGUUUCUCAUGUGAAACGGCAGCAAAAGCGUUCCACACCGUUGCUCCUGCAAGUCACAAAUUCACGGGAGAUUUGCAACACCACACAUGAUUUCAGCAGUCUACACAGUAACAAGCAAGGAGAAAGAGAAAGCUGCAUGUGUCCAAAAAGGUCUGUGGUUUAUUUACUGUUCUGUUUACAUCGGCUACGGGGCUCUCGCAGGAAAUGACGUACUGCACGUGACUUAUUUUGAAACUUUUCCGAUGUUUACGCUGAUUUUGUGUUUGACUUCCUGUCUGACCCAAUCUGAACUGUGGAGUUUGACAUGUUUUGGAAGCGAAUCACUUAAAAAAUAGACUCAAAACGUAAUGAUGGUGUUCCAUCGCAUCUGGGAGGCAAUCUAAAGCUCACACUUGGCUGCAGUUGGACAGGAACCCAUCCAGUAUGGUGGCGGCUAAUUGCCUCGUUGUAUAUUUCGCGGCCGUUUUGCGUCGCUUUCAUGUCUAGUGGCAAGAAGGGGUUAGGCUCCCCAUGACACUGGAUGUCUUGGAAGUGUCUGACCUAAGUUUUCUAUUUAAAUGCGGUGUUAAAAGUUGAAGAUAUCAUCUGGCUUUUGGUAGCACGAUAUGUUGUAUCGCCAAAUUCUUGCCGACACAAGUACUAUAUAAAUAUACUUAUUAGCUCCAAUUGUUUUCAUGUGCAGCUUACAGAUUACAUAAUUAGGAAAUGAAUAUCCUCAAAGGUAAAAAUGCACAAGACAACGAAAGGUCUGAGCUUCUGGAGUGUAAACAUUUUAAACAGAGUGUUUGCAGAAGUUUCGUGUGUUUUUCAGCCAUCCAGAAAUGGGGAAGUUUGGAAAAACCCUCUUACAACACAUCAGUGCAAUGUGCCGGAGAGCUCUACGGUUUUCAUGAUUUUGUUUUAAAUGAUUGUUUUACAGCUCUGAUGCCCGUUUUCCCUCUUUGUUGUAGCUCAGAGUUGAAAACCUCAUGUUUGCUGUAUUUCUCCACUACUGCCUCCCCAACACUUUGUGGUGUUAUCUCACCAGUGCUCCGUUUUGUUUUGUUUUCUGAAGAAACACACUCCGUCCUCCUGGGGAGUGUGUGGGUGGGAAACAGAAAAGGCAUAAUGAAGUUGCAGCUGGAGAUGUACUUAUUUACAGUCAUUUUGCAAAUCCAGAACAAAAGCAGUUUGUUGUCUGCACAGGAUUUCUCCCAGUAUUCCACUUUGAAUUUCAUCACAACAACUUGGUCAUCUUCUUGAGUUUUUCUGUUUCUGAAACGUUUCGCUUGAGUCAAAUCUCACAGCAGACAUCUGCAGAAAAGUUGGAAACGGAUGGAAAUGUUGGGUUAGCGUUGUGCUAAAAUGAGCUUCAGAAAAGAACUGGCUGUUUUGGAGACAGGAAAAGCUUAAAGAAGCUAGCAGACCCCAUGAUUGGUUAAUAAGUAAAGCAUGAUCCGGCAGGCUUGGCAUUGAGUCAUAGUGGUCAUGCUUCCCCAGAGCUGCUGUUUACCAUUUGUUGUCCUUUUCUGUAAAUCGGAUCGUUUUCCUCCCUUCUGGUCAUGAGGUUUCUCCCCAAUCACCGUGUUUGCUUUUGCCGCAGGCUGCCAGCUCUUCAGCAGCUGUUUGCUGCGCUAAUAGGAAGUUUUGUUUUCAGUAACAUUACAGUACAGUUUUUGGUGGUGGAUACAUUUUUUUUUCACGAGGAACAGAGCUGCCUCUGUGCUGGUAGAGCGGGUGAAUGUGUGGAGGGUGUUGAGGUGCCUGCAGUGGUGUAAAUAUUUUCAGAAGGCUUUUUAAAAAGAAAUGCAGUCACUGAAAGCAAAAGUGGAUAAACAAAGCUGGCAAUGGGUGACUUUGAGAAGAUCUGGCGUGAGCACUGUGAGGAUGAGCAGACGCUCAGCGAGUACGCCCUCGCCAUGAAGAAUCUCGCCGACAGCCAUUGGACCAAAAACUGCGAAGGAGAAGGGCGGAUAGAAUGGUGUCGAAGUGUCUGUCAAGAGUAUUUCUUGGAUGGUGGGAUGAAAAGAAUGUUAGAAAAGGAUGAGAAAGGUGCCGCAUUAGCCAUGGGUCUGACUCCAACGUCUACACAAGUGCUCAGCACCAACCCCAGUUCUGUCUUUCAGCUCGGGAAGAUUCGCCUCCUGGACGUGGGAAGCUGCUUCAACCCGUUCUUGAAGUUUGAUGAGUUUCUAACAGUUGGGAUUGACAUAGUGCCUGCAGUGGAGAGUGUGUACAAGUGUGACUUCCUAAACCUCCAGCUCCAGCAGCCUCUCCAGCUGGCGGGCGACGCGGUGGAAGCCUUCCUGCAACAGCUCCACAACCCCAUUGACGCUCUGCCGGCCCAGCUGUUCCACGUGGCGGUCUUCUCGCUGCUCCUGUCUUAUUUCCCCUCACCAUACCAGCGCUGGAUCUGCUGCAAAAAGGCCCACGAGCUGCUGGAGCUGCACGGCCUGCUGCUCAUCAUCACACCCGACUCGUCCCACCAGAACCGCCACGCCCUCAUGAUGCGCAGCUGGCGAGUGGCGGUGGAGUCGCUCGGCUUCAAGCGCUACAAAUACGUCAAAUAUUCCCACCUGCAUCUAAUCGCCUUUCGUAAAGUGUCUCUGGCCACCACCAGCGAUCUGGUGUCACGCAACUACCCGGAGAUGCUUUACAUUCCCCAGGACUUCAACUCCAACGAGGAGGAGGAUUGUGCCGACAUGCCAGCUCAGGCGCGCUCUGAGUUUGAGGACGAGCAGCUGGCCUGGGGCUUCACGGAGCUGCCGGACACGCCGUAUGACUCGGAUUCAGGCGAGAGCCAGGGCAGCUCCGUCCCUGUCUUCCAUGAGCUGGAGGAUCUCAUCCUGCUUCAGAGCUAAAUCAGAACCAACACCCAUCCCUGAUCUCGUCUCUGCCCGCCCGGCUCUCUCCCUCCUGCUGCCGCGCUGCCAAAUGAAAAACCUUCUGCUUUCUUCUCCCGCUCCAUUUCUUCUAAAAACGAGCAGUUUGCACAGUGUGAGAGAGAGUUUACAGAUUAUUUUCUCAUAUUUACACUCCUUUCAGAUCUGACACACACACACACACACACACACACACACACACACACACACACACACACACACACACACACACACACACACACACACACACACACACACACACACACACACUAAGAUGGAUCUAUUUUGAUAAAUAGCUGCGUUUUUUUAAAAGUUGGAAACUGAAUGCCCUCAAGAUAUCUAAACAUCUUCAGUUUUUAUUGUUUCUCCUCCGCUCAGCUUUUAAUUACAACUGAGCUUGUUUACAUCCUGUACUCUGUCUCUAUUUGAAUAAGCUAGCGUCGCAGGCUAAAGCCAAAAACCGCGUGUGAGAAAUGUGGUUGCACUGGGGAGGAACGAGCGGCCUGGUACGCUUGCAUCUGUCACCGUCAUGCAGCUAGCCUCUGGAAACUCUCCAUGUGCAUUUAGUUUUUCAAGAAUUAAAGUAAAUUCAUCAUUUUAAUUAAAUAUAUUCUUAAUGGAACAUCGGUGUUGUCCAGUGUAAAGUGUGGCAAUACCAUUUUUAACUCCUGAAAGAUUUUUGUGUCUUCUACCAGAAAUGAGUAUUUGUAGCGUUUAGUCAGUCGAAUUGUAUUUGUGUUAAAUGUGAGGAAAUGUAAACGUUUACUUGUAGUUUAGUCGGUACGAGUGUAAAGUAGGUAUUAAACUCUUUUCCUCCUAUUGUCAUUAACAUGUUGAGCACUUUUGCUAAAUUUCUUCACUUUUACGGUUUUUGAGAAGAGAAAUUCUAAAAAUGUCAAGUUGAUAGGAUAAAAUUGACUUGACUGAAGCAGUAUCUUUUAACCGGGGUAUUCACCUUUAAUGUGAAUAUAAAGAAUCAUAAAUGAUCCGUAUUUGAAUUCCCAUCACGAGUGAGGGCUGUAUGGAAGCACACAGCUGCCAGUCGCCCAAAAUAAAACCAGACUGAAGUGAUGUUAGAAUGUGAAAACAUUCUGGUUCUAACCAAAUAAUAUUCACAUUAGAAAAAUAUUAUGGUACAUGUUUAUGUAUAUACAUAUUUAUAUUAUAAAGACGUGAACAUUAUAUUGUAACAAUAAAAUUAUAAAAUCACUAAUUAUAUUUUGUGCGUGUGGCAGCUUUAGGCUUCCGUAGUUGCAUGUAUUUGCAGGGUUUUGUUCUAUUGAUGUUCAGAACCAGGAUGCAAGGUGAAAAGUUACACACUACCAGGUGCGAUGUUGGUGUGUAUUGUGAGUAUUGUUGGGUUUAUGAAUGUUUUUUCUACGUCAGUGGCUCUUGAGGAUUCAUCCCAGUGGAUGUUGCUUAAAUUUAGCAGUUUUCCCAGUUCAGUGAUGAGGUGCCUUGGAAGCUCUUGUUUUGCUUUGUUUUGUUUUUUAAUCAGACGUGACACUUCUGUGGCCAAACCGCACACACAACUUCUGGUUCGCGUUUAUCAUUUUAAGGGAACUGGAAAUGUUUCGGUACACUGAAGUGUUUCGUUUCUAUUUUCAUAUCAUUUUCACAUACGGAGAAGUAAAACCACACAUGGUUUGUAGAGUGAUGUCUUCCAAUUCAGUUAUUUCACCCAUUUACAUAGUCGAUCCUGUUUUCAGUACAGCAGAACAACGUGUGCUGUAGAAAGGUUGUGUUUCGCUUUUAUUUGUGUGUGUGUGUGUGUGUGUGUGUGUGUGUGUGUGUGUGUGUGUGUGUGUGUGUGUGUGUGUGUGUGUGUGUGUGUGUGUGUGUGUGUGUAUUUUUUUGUGUUUUAGUACAGUUUUAUUAAAAAUGGUAUUAUGAGAAGGUUUUAGUGUUUCUGCUAUGCUUGACUGGAAUUCCAGGGAAGUAACAUUACAAGUAACACAGAUUUAACAUGUUUUGUCAACCCAGAAGAGCCAGUUGAGGUGGCUCGGGCGUCUGGUCAGGACGUCUCCCUGGUGAGGUUUUCCAGGCACGUCCAACCAAGAGGAGACCUAAAGGGAGACCCAGGACACGCUGGAGGGACAUUCUCUCACCUAGCCAGGGAAUGCCUUGGGGUUUUCCUGGAAGAGCUGGCCCAGGUGGCUGGGUGAGAGGGAAGUCUGGGCCUAUUGACUUGAGCUGUUGCCACCACCACCAGACUCUGGAUAAGUAGAAGAAUGGAUGGAUGGACCGAUUUGACAUAAUUUAACAGAUGUUUGUCCUCUGUAAAUAAAAUUAUUUUAAGAUAAAUCUAGAA